AGUUUUUAGCAUGAGGGAACUGAGCCAAAGGGCCGCGGUUCUGAAUCAUAAACCAACCCUAAAGACGCGCUUCUUAUAUAAGGUCAAAGGAGGCUUUCUCUGCCCUCAAAUUUCUCAAGUUCAGGUGACGAACGAUAAUUUCAUCCUUUCUCAGUUGAUUGGCGGUUUUCUUGCUCUCUCUUAUUAAUCGACUUUUUCCAACUUUUCAAUCCAGGCGAUACUGAUAGAUCAAAGGGACAUGGCGGGUGGAAAUUUCAUGCACAGAGUGAUAUCUUAUGUUGUUAAUGAGCUUGUUGUCAAUGGGCUAGCUAACAGUCCUGCAUUUCAGAGGUUUGCAGUAAGAACAUCUAGGAAGAUUGAGGAUAUUUCAAAUAUUGCUGAGAAACGAAGGAAAGAACUUGCUGAGCAGAUGAAAGAUUUCUCCAAGAAUAUAGAGUCCUUUAAGAACCAGAGAUGAUAGGAUGGGGAUCAUUAUCCUUGAUUCCAUACGUUCCCCACUAUAAUGGCAGCUGGAAACUAGAGAGACUUAUAAUGAAGAGCAUGUAAUGACAAUGCUGGUAGUCGGCUUGUAUAAUUCUUUAUGGUGCCUUGGGUAAUAUGAAGUUCAGCUGUGUGUUGCGUUGAGUUGCUGAAGGCUUUUGUUCGUUUUGAGGGUAUUAUUUUUUGAAACAAAUUCUAUCAUGCCAAAUACUCUGAUGGAUUGAAUUUUCUUUGAAAUAAAAGCAUUUAAAGUAAUGAGGUCAUGCUCUUGGCUUUUUAUA